AUGAUUUCGACGCAGGUAACAAAUCCAGAACCUGAUGGUCCUUGCCGCCGUUGGCUUGUUUGUUCACCAGGAGACCCAGAUGCUCAAGAACUUAAAUUAGAUAAAAUAAGAUCCGAUGAAUUAUGCGAUCCACCAGUAGCCAUGUCGGAUAUGUUAGCUGCUCUUGCUACACAAAAACCAGCAAUGAACAAAACAGAUCUAUUAGCAUACAAAGCAUUUACGCAAGGGUUUGAUCAAGAAGGUUCAUAG